CAUGACUUGCCAACACUCAGCUGACGGAUGGCUUUGUGGAUCCGUGCCGUGUUUUUGGGGUUCUUGACCUUCGUGAGGACGGUCAACGGAGAAGAUGCUGUGGACUGUGUUCUGGGGGGCAGCUGCAUCUUACCGUGCAGCUUCCCCCCCGGAGGGGAAGUGGUCCUCUACUGGAUUCAGGUGGCAACGGGAAACACGAUCCACUACUUCUACAACAACCAGGACCAGGUGGAGCUGCAGGACCAGCACUUCAGAGGCCGGACGUCGCUGUUCAAGGACCAGAUCUCCAGGGGGAACGCCUCGCUCCGGCUGACGGGGGUGCAGAUUCAGGACCAAGGCCGAUACCGAUGCUACACCAGCAACAAGCCCGGCACCAAGGAGUCCUUUUCCAACUUGAACGUAUACGAACAGACGCGAUGA